CUCACCACUAGCGGGCACGGGCAGUCGGGCAGCCGAGCAGGCAGGCUAAACCGGAAGCCGCCGCCGCCGCCGCCGCCGCCGUCUCUGAGCCGCGCGGCCUCCACACCACCCAUGUUGGCUUGCGCUUCCCUCGCAAGGUUUAGUCGGCUCGCUCGCCCUCUAUGCGCCGCGGGUUCCGCGCCGCGCUUCCUCCAGCACUUGGCCUGGCCUUGAGAUCGAAUGCCAACCUUGCAGGCCUGAAAAUUGUCUAACUCUGCACGGGAUCUGUUAAUCAAAAUAGUAUUCACUCACUUGUAAUGAAAGGUGCACAAGGAGCCUCAAAUAAUUCGGCAAAACACAAGAAAAGAAAGUCUGCUGUGCAGAGAUGGAGGCCAAUCUCCACAGAAGCCGCUGCUCCAAAAGCAUUGGGUGGCACUUCUGAAUCAUCCUAUAUUCCACAUGAUGCAGCUGACCUUAAUGAGAUGUCAGGUCCUGUAAGCAAACAAGUGGAAGAGAAUUCAGCCUCAGAUGGAACAACUAAUGUUGUUAUUGAAGUUUCCACCUACAACGCAUCCUUGCCAGAAAAUAAAUUAGCCACAGAAGAUACUAUGGAGGAUGCUAGCUUCAAUAAGGACAUAGAUAGGUCCAAUCUAUCUGAAAAGUGUUCCUCUUCUGUUCAGGUAGAUGCUCCUCUGAUGCGCUUUGUGAAAGGAAAAGGUGGAACCAUGCAGAAGCAGAUUGAAGAUGAAACUGGGGUCAAAAUUAUAUUUCCAUCUUCUAAGGAGGAAACAUGUGUUGUUCUUGAAGCUAAAACUACUGAAGAUAUUAGAAAGGCUUCAGAGAAAAUUGCAAAGGUUCUUGAAGAGGCCGUGAAAAGUCCAAUACUAGAUUACUCUCACUUCAUUUCGCUUCCAUUGGCUAUCCACCCAAGCCUUGUUGAGAAGCUGAACCACUUCCAGUGCUCAAUCCUUGGGACUUCUUCUAAUGUAGAUAGUGAUAAGGGUGAGGACCUAAGUGAAGGUUCUAUGGAUGAAAUUGACCAUGAACAGAAGCAAGAAAGGAGCCCUAGUGUUUCAAUAAAGAUGCAAGCCCAUGAGGAGUCUGUCAGAGUUAAAAUGGAUAUUAAGGGCUCCCAACCAGACUUCGGCAUUGACAAGUCAAUAUUUAUUAAACCCAAAACCUUUCACCUAACGGUUCUUAUGUUGAAGCUAUGGAAUAAGGAUCGCAUUGCUAAGGCUUCUGAUGUGCUCCAGUCAGUAUCGUCCCAAGUAAUGGAAGCCUUGGAAAACCGACCAAUCUCCAUACAACUUAGAGGUCUGACAUGCAUGAAAGGCUCACCAGCUAGGGCCAGGGUAGUAUAUGCUCCUGUGCUGGAAGUUGGUGAAGAGGGACGCCUACAACGUGCUUGCAAAGUUAUAACUGAUGCCUUUGUCAAGUCGGGCCUAGUACUUGAAAGGGAUGCGAGGCAAGAAUUGAAGUUGCACGUGACCAUAAUGAAUGUGAGGCACAGGAAGAGCAAGAGAUGGAACCAAAGAAACGACUCAUUCGAUGCUCGGAAUAUUUUCAGAAAAUAUGGGGAACAUGACUGGGGCGAAUACCUCAUUCCCGAGAUCCAUCUUUCGCAGCGAUUCAAGUUCGAUGAAAGAGGGUACUACUACUGCUGCUCUUCAAUCCCCUUGCCUGCGGCGGAGAUGCAAACGGAUGGGAUAGCCGGAUAGGCAAUUAUGCAUCAUGCUGUGGACCUAUGGUGUUGUCAAUGGCAGUGGGCUCCUUGGAGUGGUUGAUGUAAGUUUCUGGUCUGGCCCGUGUACAAUCACGCCUGCAAUUUUCUCUGUCGUUGCCCUGAGUUUCAACUCUACCAAUCAUCUUAUUUAGCCCAGUAGAGUGAGUACGCUGUUGGUCUCCUCUACUGGGCUAAAUUUUGUACAAGUGCUUUUGCGCUAUUUGUAUUUUGUCGUUCUAAUCCUCUUGACUCGGAUUGAAAAUGGUCACAGAAAUUCCUGAUUGAUCCAGCGCCGUUUCUAAAUAAAUGGUAGCGUUUCCUA